CGGAAAAGGUGUUGACGCAGUUCGUCGCUGUCAAUAGCAGUGACCAAGUCAUACGGCAACAACAGACGCCACAAAGGAGAUCGGGAGACUGCAAAGCAACAAUACAAUUACGGACUCUGGCUUCCACUGCACGGAAAGCCGCCUUUGCCUUUUGCGUAUCUGAGACGUUGCUGUUUUAGCGUGUGCGCGAUGUCCUCAGAGCUGCUGGUGGAUCUGGCCGAUGAGCCCGCGGCUGCGCAGCUGGGCCAGCUCAAGCUAGCCACGAUAGAAGACCAGCAGUGGCCCGCCGACGAGUCCACCCUCAGCAAAUCAGAGACAGACAUCUCCCAAGGCUUCGAUGGCGGCUCCCCCCACCUGCCCUGGGACCACCCCUUCUACGACAUCGCCAGGCAUCAGAUCAUCGAAGUGGCAGGUGAUGAUAACUUUGGCAGGAAGGUGAUUAUGUUUAACGCCUGCAGGAUGCCGCCACAUCACCAGCUGGACCAUCACAAGCUGCUGAUGUAUCUCAAAGGAACUCUGGAUCAGUACGUGGAAAGUGAUUACACCCUGAUUUAUUUCCAUCACGGGCUGACCAGUGAAAACAAACCCUCUCUCAGCUGGCUCCGAGAUGCAUACAGGGAAUUUGACAGAAAGUAUAAGAAGAACAUCAAGGCUCUGUACAUUGUCCACCCCACCAUGUUCAUCAAGACUCUGUUGAUCCUCUUCAAACCAAUCAUCAGUUUCAAGUUUGGCAGGAAGAUAAACUACGUGAGCUACCUGAGUGAGCUGGAGGACGUGCUGAAGUGCGAUCAGCUGAUCAUCCCUGCCCGUGUUAGAGAGUACGACAACAAGCUGAGGGCGUCUCUGAAACCCACUGUCCAGCCUCCCAUGUCUCCCCCUCGCAGCCCUCCGCUCCCAAACCAGGUGUUCGGGGUGCCACUUGCACUGCUCAGACAGAGAAGUCCAGAUGGCGAUCCGGUUCCUGUGGUGAUGAGAGACACAAUUAGCUUCCUUUCAGAGCAAGGUUUGGAGAUUGAGGGCAUCUUCAGACGGUGUGCCAACGUCACUCUGGUGAAGGAGGUCCAGCACAAAUACAACUCAGGUGAAACAGUGAACUUCAGAGAGAUGGAAGACGUCCACUUGGCUGCUGUGAUUCUCAAAACGUUCUUGCGGGAGCUCCCCGAGCCCCUACUGACCUACCAGCUCUACAACGACAUCGUCAACUUCUCCUCUGCAUCCAGUGAGAGUCCGGCGACAGCUAUGAAGACGCUGGUAGAGUCGCUGCCGGAGGAAAACUACGCAUCACUGCGAUACCUCAUCACAUUCCUGGCACAGGUAUCAGCCAGCAGUGAGGUGAAUAAGAUGACCAACAGUAACCUGGCCGUGGUAUUCGGUCCAAACCUUCUCUGGGGGCGGGACAACGCCAUGUCUCUCAGCGCCAUGGGCCCCAUCAACAACUUCACCAGAACCCUGCUGGACCAGCAGGACCUCAUCUUCACCUAAAACCCACUGGGACCAAAACACCACCACCACCAUCUCCCCCUCCUCCUCGUACAGUCUUUAGCUCGCCCCAGCUUCCGACCAAUCAGGAGCUUCAUCAGGGUACUCCUCCACCAACCAGCUCCAUCUGCUUUCCAGUUAAAAUACCACACACGUGCUCAUUGCUUUUCAUGUUGUCUUUGACCGGUCUUUGCGUUCUGAUUGGCUGAACAUCUGUUCACGCGCAGAUGUUGCUAUGGAGACCAAAAGGCAGUGGCAUUUAAGUCAACAGAGCUACCUACCAAGUUCUAAUGAUGUAGCAUUUAUCAUUAAAAAAAACUUUAUUAGACUUUUAGUCCCUUUUUGUGAACACUGGAUCCUGCUGGAUCCAUUUCCCAUAAUGCCCCAGACCCUCCCUGUGCAUUAAACCCAGUCUUUCAAACAUCAAUUAUCUGCAUAGGGAUUUCCCCAAGUCUUUCUCUGUAUAUACAGUAUGUGCUGUGUUGUGCAUCCUUUCUGUGUAGUAGCAAAAAACAAAAACAAAAUGGCUGCCAGCUUUCACAGAAAGACACAACUUGAUACCAGACGCUGAGGACAAUCUAUGAAAUGCUGUACUUCAAAUGAAGCUGUGCGAUUCUACCAGCCGCCCUUUAAGUGUUAGAGCCCCAAACACGGCUGUGCAUGCGGAUUAUACGAGUUCCUGGACCUGGACGUGGUUUUGGUUUCACUGUAUACAUUUUUUAAAAUGGUACGGGAACAGAAAACACAAGCAUAAACAAAGGGUUUACCUGUUGUCGCCCGUAAUUCUGCAUCAUUUUUAAGUGUCCGUUCAAAAAUUUUCACAAUAAAAGGCCCCCCUCUUUCCUACUUUGGCAGGCUUUAAAUGUGAAAUAAAAGUAGCAGAGUGCUGGGUGUGACACCAUGCAUUUUAUUGUGAAAAUGCAGCUCUUUAAUCAGUGUCCAUCGCAACACUACAAUAACGCCAAAAUAAAAGUCUAUAGACAGCGUAGAUUUAACCUACGUAAAUUCUUGUGCAGGAAGUGACGAAUACUUUCACGUGUAGCAUUCGGUGUGUGACCGCCAUUACCCUAAGCUGCCACACGUACCUCCUGGUUGUUGUGCGUUUGUGUGAAGCACACAGUGGUACUACGAGUCUUCUUUGCUGUCAUACCUAUAUCUAGAUAUCUUUAAUUGCCUUAUAUUUUUUUUUCGCUGAUUCCCGUGCCACUAAUAGAGUUUCUUCAGGCCAAAUAGUAUUUCAGCAAUUAGCCUGCCCCCCGGUCAUACUCUGAGCUGCAUCUUUAUGCUUUUAUUUUUUAUUUUUUGCUCUUCGUUCAGCCUUAAUUUGAAGACACUGUUCCUCAUUUCCCGCCAUCUGUCUGAAACUUGAGCUCAUCCAAAGCAUUUGCAUUCCAUGUCAAAUGUUAUAUAUAUGGUAUAUAUCUAUAUAAAUAUAUAGAUACAUAUAACUUUGGUUUGAAGUCACAUGACCAAAACAGCGACCUGUUUGACCUUUGUGACCUUUUUACGUAAAGCCUCCCAAGAGGCCAAAUGCGAUUGAAUCAGCUUUUAUUGUAUGUUCAAUGGCCAAAAUCCUUACAGGAAAUAGACAAUAGUGUUGUGAUGUUAUGAUUCUCAUGACUGAAAUUGCACCAAAUGAUCUGAGGUUUAGUUUGACUGAAGCUGAAACCAAACAAAAAAAAACAAAAAAACAACAACAAAAAUAUCAAAUGUUUACCUGUUGUAACUCCCUGUCAUGUCAAUGCUUUGGUUAUUGACAUGCUAUUGGUGUGUGUGUGUGUAUGUGUAUGUGUGUGUAGGUGUGUAUUUGUGGACCCAGCACAUUUGUUUGGUUUAAAUAUAUAUCGCUACAAAAUUUAAAACUAGGGCUCCGUAAAUUGAGGUGUGUGUGAGUGAAUGUGUGUGUGUGUGUGUGUUUAUGAUUGUUGUCAGGUGAAAACAUGGUAACUCCGGGUUUUGUGAUGUGUAAUUAUUUGACAGUGUUGUGCUACCAUGCUCUCAAAACCCAUUCAAAACCUCAUUGAAAAAAAUACACAAAAAUAAGAUGCAACCUUGGCAGGUUACAUCUUGGAGAUACAAGUGUUUUAUUUGACAGCAGCAAAAACGUGUACAGUGUGUGCGUGUGUGUGCGUGCGUGUGUGCAUGCUCGUGCCUUAUUUGUCUGCCCCCCCCCCCCCCCCCCCCCAAGUGAUCAUGUGAUUUGCCAUCCAAGUGCCAGUGUGCCCGUUCUGCCAUAGAUUAAAACGAUAAAAGGUGCGUUCAACAAAAGCUUUGGUGUUGAUGUUGUUAGGCAGUGUCAACCCCCCCUCCACCCACACACAUACACACACACCAAACUCCUCAGCUUGUUGAACGCAGCCCAGC